UUCAUCAAUCACCGACUUGUGAAAGAUUUGAUGCAAUAUAUGCCACGUAAUUUUUGACAAAUAUUAUAACAAAUUUAUACCUACGUUCAGAAAAUUGUAAUGCAAAUAAUAUAAUUGUAAUAAAUGGGUGGCUCAAAUAGUGUUCCUGUUCCUGGUGGUGGAACAGAAGCUUAUCAUGUUCUAAGAGUACAAAAUAAUUCACCAGGUCAUCAUGCUGGCUUGGAAGCAUUCUUCGAUUUUAUUGUAGCGAUCGGUACUACACGACUUGAUCAGGACAAUGAAACCCUUAAAGAAUUACUACGUGCAAAUAUAGAUAAAGAAAUUAAAAUGACCGUUUAUAGUAGUAAAACCCAACAAAUUCGUGAAGUUUUAAUAACACCAAGUAAUUCUUGGGGUGGACAAGGACUUUUAGGUAUUAGUAUUAAAUUUUGUUCAUUUGAAGGUGCCAAUGAAAAUGUUUGGCAUGUAUUAGAAGUGUAUCCUUCAUCACCAGCCGGAAUAGCUGGCCUAAGACCACACACAGACUAUAUAAUUGGGGCUGAUUCAGUGCUACACGAAAGUGAAGAUUUAUUUACAUUAAUAGAGGCACAUGAAGGGCGUGCCCUUAAACUGUAUGUGUAUAACAUACAAGAUGACAGUUGUAGAGAAGUUACAAUUACCCCCAAUUUAUCAUGGGGUGGUGAAGGUAGCUUAGGAUGUGGAAUUGGUUAUGGUUAUUUACAUAGAAUUCCUGUCCGACGAGAAUUACCUAAUCCAGGUUCUACAAUUAAGUCUAUGACAUCAAACUUGGCGACAAAUGACACAAAUCCAACUUCCGUUGGAGGAACAGCUCAUCUAUUUAACCAACAAACAAUCAAUACGACACCACAACAACCUGCUCAAGGAACUGUCAGUGAAUUAUUCGGUAGUUUACCCCCACCGAUUAUCAUUCCAUCCGUUCCUGUUGGAGCCUAUGCUCCACCUCCUACAAUAAACUCAAAUCCAAAUUCACCAUAUUCAUCUUCUACGCCAGUGAAUCCGGCGUUACCAACGCCAUUAAUACCUACAAAUACAGAGUCAAUAAACAAUGCAACAUCGAAUCCUGUACAAGUAUUACCAACAUCUUAUUCACAGAAUAUUUAUUCUCCGGCACCAGGUGCUCAGCAAGUAUCUAGUGAUAUUUUAACACACACUUCACAUAAUAAUUUUAUGCCAGUGCAAUAUUCAGUUCCAUCAUCGCAACCGUUUGUCUCGACAAGUCCUAGUACAUUUAUGCCGUCAUCUCAACCGAUGCAACCAAUAUUAACACCAGCAUCUUAUCCACCACCACCUAUGUCACAUCAAUUACCAAGUGGUGUGCCAUUAACAACGCCAAUAUCACUGCCAGGCUUACCGCCUAUAACAGUGAGUGCAACUUUACCACCAAACACAUUUGAAGGCCUUCAAACAUCAAAUAAUCAAACAGUUUUACCGCCACCUGUCUCAUCAGUGCAGCAAAGUCAUUCUCAAUCGAAUUUACCACCAGUCAGUGCACAAUAUUAAUAUAAAAAUGUGAUUUGUUCGUCUUAUUUUGUUGCUACUUGUACGCCCUACUUUAAAUAUUUAAUCAACUGUCAAUUUUGUUGUGAUUUUUUUUUAUUAGAUAAAUGGUUUUAUUAACGUUUUUUGUUUUUGUUAUUUGUUUAAAUCUUAUUUUUCAAAAAUUAGUAACAAGAAUAAUUUUAAGAACUAAUUCACACCCUCCUCCGACAAAACUAAAAUUAAUUAAUAUUUCCCAUAAAUAUUUUACCAUUUUUAAAAUAACAGUCUCCAAAAAAAAAAUAAUUUUACAGGAGUUAUUUUCCUGUAAAGUCAAAGUAGGAAGACAAGAUAGAAUAAAACAUAGUACCUAGGAAAACACUCUCAAUGACAUGGAUGUAUUAAACUUGUGCUAGACCCAUUAACGAUCUCAGUAAAGUUUACUAGUGAAAAGCUAGAAAUUUGCUCCUGGAAAAAUUCCCCUUCAAAUAAAUUUAUUUGAUCUAUAACAACUAGUUUGGAAAGUGAUUAAAA